ACCUUCAGCUCAUUGAUGAUAAUGGACCUAUGUGUUGUUGUGCAGGGGCAAACAGACUGACACAGAAAUCCACGCUUGACCUGGCCCGUCGUGGCCUUGAUAACUUCCGAGUGCACGUGGAUAGUUGGUCGACCAACCAGUCAUCACCUUCUGUGAAAUUUGUUUGCACAAAUACCGUACUACACACAACCUUAGUAUAGGCCUACGUGCCAAACCAGAGAUCUAAGGCAAAACUUACAGUGAGCAACCGGCGCUGUAAUGUCCGGUUUAUGUGUAUUAUGUUGUCCCGUCCAUUCCACGAACUGAACUGAAGACGAAUUUCGCUUCACCAAACGACUGCUCUGAGAUUGGAAAUUUCAAGCCUUUUCCUGUUCUACCGGGCACCCGGACUAACGCAGCUGGCCCGGGUUGGCCCAGAUCUUCCGCGAUGGCCGUGACCGACUCACGUAGGCCCAAUCUCCGGUCUGCUGGUGCUACCACCCUGCUCAGGGUCAUUCUGGUCCUGGCCGUCAUUGCCGGCUCGAUCAAUCCAGUCCUGGCCAGUUUCAUCCGGUUCAAACCGGACACCGAGUACAUCUACACCUACCAGUCCUCCACGGACCUGAAGGAGGUUCGGACAAUGCAGGUGGAAUCCAAGAUCGGCUUCAUUUUGGUGAGAAGGCCUCACAGCGAUCAACAAGAGAUUUACCUCCGGGUUCACUCCGCGGCAGUAACCAGCGAGGAGCAACGAGUUCCUGUGAGCGAGGAGAGAGAUUUUAACGAGUGGUUUUCAUUCGACUUCAGCGAGAAUGGAGCGAUCGGUCAGGUGUACUACCCACGUGACGAGGACAAACACGUGAUAGUGGCCAAGAAAGGUCUGGCCAGCUUGUUGGCGAGUAAUCUGCAACAUCCGCCCGAUGGAAAGUUGAAGGAAAGCGGCUGGAGCUACGACUGCAAUGAGACGGGUCACGAGGGUCACCACGAGUCGUCCUACACGGCUCAGAUGGCACCGGGCAAUGAUGGCAUUAUUGUCUUCACUAAGACUAGACGCACUCACCCAAUACCUUACGGCAAAUCCAAACACCAAAAGGAGAUCCACUAUCACAAGGGUAUGCAACUGCCAACAAUGGUGAAGAUAAUGGAACAUUAUGAGGCACCAAGGGAGUCCGCACCGGGAUUUGAGCAUGGGGUCCACAGAACUGAAGAAGAAAAAGGAGACGACAUUGAGUUUCCUGAGAUGCGGAGUGUUUCUGAAGGGCAGCUGACCUUCGUCCGAGAAGCCUACUACCGCUCACCUUCAGGGCCACCAGAUGAUGAGGACAUUGCUACUGACUCAAUAGACGUGAACCUGACUCCAGACAGACACCUUAAUUUCAACACAACAGAACUGAAGCAGCACAUCGCGGGGAACCUGACCUGCAUGAGGACAGCACCAGCAAAAGGUUCCAAUGAUCGCAGCAAGUGUUUCCGGGCUCUGGUGCAAACCUUGCUGUCUGUUCCUGACAGAAAGCUGAGUGAACUUGUCGCUCCCAUGUAUAAGUUACCACUGUCCAGACGUAACCGUGACAAGCAGGACAGACUGCACAUGAUGGAUGCCCUCAUCUCAAUGCUGUCUGAUAGCCCCCAGUCCCUCCUCACGGAUCUUAUCCUCCUGUCUCCACGACCAAACAAGGAGCUGGUAAAGAGACUACUGGUUUCCUCGGCCGGCUUCUCACACACCAUUUCAGAGCAUUAUCUGGAGACUGUUGAAGACAUUGUCUUCCAGCCUGGGAAAUUUCCAGAACUUUUGAGGGAUCCUGAAAUACAGCGAGUUGCUGUGCUGGCGCUCGGCGCUUUAGCUGGUCACCGAUGGAAGGCUGGAUACAAACAGCAGGCAGAAUCAAUUGUCAUCCAGAUAGAAGACAAACUGGGUGUUCACGAUCCCUGGGGAUAUGAGAAGACCUUGACAUCACUGACUGAGGACGAACGAGAUGAGUUUCACCAUGACACGGUGGCUUUGAUUGAAUCCCUCGGCAAUGCUGGGCUCCAUCGCUCCUUCCCUCACAUCCAGAGCUAUACCAACCAAAGCGCUACUCAUCCACUGCUGAAAAGGGCUGGCUUACACUCCAUGAGAGACUACCAUCAUGACACGGCAGCAGCGAUAAUGCUUAAAUCUGCCCUGGAUGAAACUGAGGAUGAGCAUGUGAGAUAUGAGGCUUCGUUGUUCUACAAGAUUCACCCGAAUGGCGGCAAGCAAAACAUCACCAAGUUUAUCCGCCCGGAGGGUGUCUCUGGACCGAAUUCUUCCCAAGAGUUAGCAGCCACCGGGGUGGACAGCGUGCCUUCCAGGCACCGGGUGCGGCGCGGUUUCUUCGAUGGCCUCCAGUUGAAGCUGGCCAGUCCGUCCAAGGAUUGGAAGAAGCUCGUCGGCAGCUCAGAGACUGGAGCCCAGUUUGGUCUGACCAUCAGGAACCAACUGGACAUGAGCAUCGCACCACUGAGUGGCCAUCUACGCGUGGAUCUGUACGACGAGGCGUUUGCCACUGUCCUGGUGGGACUUGUGGAUCAGAAACUGGACGUUGUCCGAGCCCGCUUCUGCUUCAAUGGAUACGUUGAGUACAACCUCAACAUUUUGCAGGAAUUUGGGGUCGGCCAAAUUGAUCAGCUGGCCAAGGUGUAUGAUAUCGUCAUUGACAAAGUAGUGGGCAACAUCGUUAGAGGGGUGGACAUUGUCGUGGAUCUCUUCAACGGUGACAGCAAGAUCAGUGAGCUGUUUGACGAAUUUGUGCAGACUCUGGAGACCAUCCCAGGAAGAAUCAGUGAUGUAAGAUCUUUGUCUGCAAACGCAGUGGCCCGACUGUCUCAGUUCGACCCAGACCAGCUUCCUCCUUCUAUCAGAGGGGUCAUCGAUGUAGUCAACAGGGCUGCGCAACUGUUCAGUGAUAUCAAGACGGAUGUCAUGGAGUUCUACCAGGCCGUCAAUGAGGCCAUCACAGUCACCUUGCCCUGGGCAGCAGAGCAGAUCUGGGAUUCCAUCAACUUAAUCUCAGAUACCAUCGGAGAUUUACUGAAGUCCCCCUUGAAAGCCAUUGGGGAUAUCUUCAAGGGCAUCAUCAACAUCAAGACAGCAGUUGAUGCCAUUCUUGAAGCCAAGAUGGAAGUUGACGAAGCAAAUUUUUUCAAGGAAGGUCAGAGGCCCUACUGGUUUGAUCUGCCCAAGGUCAUCAGUGAUAUGCUCAAAGAGCUGAGAGAACACCUGGGUAACAUCACAAGGGACCUUGCCAUCUGGGUGGAAGAGAUUGCCAACUCCUUAGAUCCCAUCAAGAAGCUGACUGGUGGUGCUGUUGACUCGAACACACUGAGGCGACGAAUGGCAGAUGAGAUUAAGUCCAUCAUUUUAGAGCUGAUAGGUCCGAUAGAACCCAUUCAAGAUCUGCUGGCACCGUUCUUUGAGCUGUACGAUCUUAUCGUCAAUACCAUCGAGAGUAUCAAGGAGGCCUAUCUGACUUUGAAGAAUUCAUAUCAAGAGUCUCAAACUCUCGUCAUGAAGCUCUUUGGACCCAAGGCCCACAAGAGCUUCCCAAGGAAAUUCCGUGAGCCCGGCUCAGGAGGUUGUGCACCGGGGGGCUUCUACCCGACUGACUCCAACGGACGUUUUGCCGAAAAGGGUGUAGAUCUGGAGAUUGGACAAGGAACAUGGCUGGUUGCUCCAUUUUCAGGCCUCCUUUACAAGAGUGCAGGCAAACCCAACCAGGUGACCCUGCUGGCCCGCGGAGGAGCCUUCCGAAACAUCAAGAUCUACAUUGACAACAUUGAGCCCAACAGUACCCUCUCCACUACCAGGGGGGAAAAUGUCAUAGCCGGCAGGAAGAUCGGCAAAGUGAUCCGAUCUACCUCCUGCACACCGCCAAACUACGUCCACUUCUCCAUGAAGAACGUCAAGCCCAACCGCCUGGCUUCUAUCCUGGACAGCAGCCUGAAUGACGAUCCCACGCCGGCCGACGACGCGGCCAAGGAAGGCUACGUGGACCCGACCAACUAUCUGGCCAAGAGGCCGCUAGAGAUACCCCAGUGGAUACAAGUCUGUGACGAUUACAAGCUGGUCUGGCAGGGACGGACAAUUGAGGAAGGCUCUUUGCUAAACCGGGAGAAUAAGAAGGGAAAGCAGAAGAACACCAGCCCCAAUCGCAAAACUCCUCCCAAGACCACCACUAAGAAGCCUAAUAGCAGCAACAAACCCCGACAGCCAUCCUCUAUAGAUAAUGCUGUAUCGCAGGACAAGAAACAAGAGACCAAGGAAGCGCUCGACCUCCCCGAGACAAAAACUGGCUCUGGGUCGCCUUUCAAGAACUUCACUCUGAGGAACUUGAAGAUUGGAUCCAUCCUGGCAUUUGCACGUAAGCUUGGACUGGAGGAGACAUCAGACGCCUUGCUGACCGUUGUCAAGACCAUUGUUAAACUGGUGAGUGAUAAACCUUGCGUCCUACCUGAGUCUUUGACCACUGAUUCCUUGAGGAUUGAACUCCAGCAGCGUGGUCUCAGCUCACAGGGAGAUAGGAAGACGUUGAUCCAACGAUACAAACAACCUGAGGAUCGAUGUCCCCUGCUUCAAGUCUCCCUACCCAAGAAUGUGUACUGUAAGAUAGAUGAGAGCUGCCUGGGCGUAGAGUGCUGCAUGAACAUCAAACUCUUCGCUAUAUCUCUGGCCUUCAAGGCAUUCAUGCGCUUCGACCCUUGCGAGUUCCAGUUUGUACUCGGCGUCAACUCCUGGAACUACACCAUUCAGAUUCUGGAUCCUGAAUUUGGCGCUGAAGUGGAAGUGCCGGUGCCCUUCGACAUCCCAUUUGUUGAUGACAUGGAAAUGCGUCUCAGGUUCGGCAUUGAGAAGACCCGUACUCAACUCCUUGUCAGUAUGGGCAUCGGUUUCUGCCCGACCACGGGAGAUGCUGAGUGCUUGACAUUCAUCGAUGUACUGAAGGAUUCCGCCAUCCCCUUACCCAUCUGCCAUCCCAAUGGGACCAUCACAUGGCCAAACAUUGACUUGGAUGAGUACUUCUCCCGUGCUGCGCUGAAAAACCUCAUCAAAUCCACUGGAGAAGAGCUACUGAAGGCAGGCACAGAAGCUGCAUUGAACUACGUCCUGGAAGAACUGGGCAUACCAAAGGAACUACUAAGCAGUAAGGAUCCCUGUCCAACACCAACGAGUUUGAGUAAAACCCAGCUGAUUACCACAUUGGAGGAGAGACAGCUGAACAUCACAGGAACUAGGACGGAGAUGGAAGCCAGGCUAUCUCACGAUGAUAGAACUUGUAUGUUCUUCACCCUGCCGGCGUUUCCCCCGAAGGUGGCCAAAGUGGCCUACUGCUCCCUGAGUGAGAACUGCCUCCGUCUCGACUGCUGUCUGGAACUUAAUAUAGAGAACCUGAAAUUCCGCCGCUCGUUCAAGGCCUUGGUAGAAGUAGAUGCCUGUGAUUUCACUUUCUACGUCGCCUUUCAGCACUUGCAGUACAAGAAGUUGCUGCUGAGCUACGAAUGGGGCCAGCCAGAGCAGCAGACCAUCGGUCCCAUCACCCUGAAGUUCUCCAUCAACAAACUUGAUGAGGAGAAGGUGUUUGAGAUAGACUUUGGGGCAUCUAUCUGCCAGGGCGCCGAUGAUUGCAUCUUUGAUGUGGACGUCAUACAGGACUACAGGGUUCCCAUUCCAUUCUGCAAUUCCAACUUCUCGUUCUCCUUACCAAGUGGAGACACUCUGAAAGAUUUUGUGACCCAAGUUGGCCGUAACGCUGGACAGCAGGCGAUCAACAUCUUGCUGGAGUACAUUGGGCUCAGGGAUAAGGUUACUGACGGAGCAUGUGACACGACGGCUCUGAUAGGACCAGAUGAAGAAGUAUGCACUGAUGUGAGACUACCCUCCCUGCCCAGCGCAGUGACCUGCCAGCUGUUUAACCGCUGCCUCGGCGUUCGAUGCUGCACCGAACUGGACCUGAAAAUCACUGUCUUGUCUGUCAACAUGUGGCUGAUAUUAGACCCGUGUGAGUUCACGCUGUCCUUUGGAGUGGGAACGUGGUCCUUGACGUUCACCAUAUUUGACUACCACUGGGGAACCCAGGAAGAGUUGAAGAUUGGCAAAGCCUUGACCCUGAUCUACACCAUUGACAAGCUGACUGAGGACAAGGUGUUUGUAUUGGACCUAGCACUGUCCCUGUGCCUGCCAGACUCAGACUGCGACUCGCCCUCCAUUGACAUCCUCAAGAAGACCAGAGUGCCAAUACCACUCUGCAACGAGAACGCCACAUUCUCACUUCCUGGGGACGGAAGUGUCAAGGGGUUCUUGCAGAUGGUCGGCCAGAACGCUGCUGAAUCGGCUAUAGACGCAAUUCUGGAGCAUCUAGGGCUGUCGAAAUACAUCAGUCGUGAACCGUGUGUCCGUCCGCAAGUCACGCAGAAUGGUUGGCAGCGACUUUGCCCAAGAGAUGUCAGACUUCCCCGCCUGCCCCAAAACCUGAUCUGCACCCUCCCGGAGAAGUGUCUAGGGUUCGAUUGCUGUCUGGAGCUUCCCAUCCCGGGCAUCAGUCCCAUCAGCACCCAGGUCUCCUUCAUCUUUGAUCCUUGUAACUAUCAGCUGUCGGUCAGUCUUGGCAGCUGGAGUCUGAAUCUGCAGAUCUUCUCCUAUCAGUGGGGCCAGCUGGAAGAAAUCAGCGUUGGAGAUCCAAUCACUUUGAGUCUGACAAUCGACAAGCUAGAUGCCCAGGAAUCCUUCCAGAUCUCUCUGGACAUCUCCAUCUGCAUCGACAGUGACUGUACAACCACACCAGUCCUUCAGGAUUCCUUGGUCCCUAUCCCAUUCUGUAAUCUCAAUGCUUCCUUUGAGCUGCCAGGGGACGGCAGCUUUGCAGGUCUUGCCAAGGAUCUCGCCGGGAACGUCGGGGAGUUGGCCAUCCAGGCUGGUCUCCGAAGACUUGGAAUUGAUCAAUACGUUAGUAACCAGCAGUGCGAUAUGGAGUUACUUGCCCCAAGUGAAAAUAAAUGUCCAAUCCUGAGAGUGCCACCUCCAAACAACUUCCUGACCUGCACAGUGGAUGACCGCUGCCUGGGCCUGACAUGCUGUGCCUCCCUUGACCUGGUCUUCACUCAGCUGUCCACCACCGCUUUCACCAUCCUAGAUCCCUGUGAAUUCCAGCUGUCUGUCGGGCUGGGGUCCUGGUCCAAGAAUCUGACGCUCUUUGAAUACGACUGGGGAGUAGAUAAAGUGCUGGAUAUCAGUGACUCUGUGCGCAUUGAAUACAACGUAGACAAGCUCAGUGAGCAGAAGGAGUUCCUGAUUGACCUGUCAGUAAUGCUGUGCAUAGACGGCACCUGUCGACCCAUCCACCUGCUGCAGGCAGCUCAUGUCCCCAUACCGUUCUGCAACCCCAAUGCCACCUUCUCCCUGCCUGGGGAUGGCACUAUCUCCGGCUACCUAGAUAACUUGGCGGGGCAGGUCACUGAUACGGCUAUAGACCUGGUGCUGGAAUUUCUCAACCUCAAGAAUUUCAUAUCCAGGAGUCCCUGCAAUUUGCCUCCAGCACUGCCAGCUGGUAAUAAUGACAGUUGUCCCGUGCAGUUUCCACCCACCCCUCCCCAGUUGUCUUGCCGUAUCGGCAGCCGUUGCACAAGUCUCCACUGCUGUCUGAAUCUAGACUUGAAGGUGACUCAGAUCAGCUCCAAGGCCUGGUUUAUCAUCGACCCCUGUGACUAUACACUGUCUGUCGGGCUUGAGUUGUGGUUCUUCAACGUCUCGUUGUUUUCUUACGAGUGGGGAGCGAUGGAAAGUUUCAUGAUUGGAGAUGCUCUUGAUGUCCAGUUUUCCAUCGACAAGCUCGACGCCACCAAGGAGUACGAAGUGGAUCUGGCCUUCUCUCUCCUCAUCGAUGGCAUCACUACAGACUUCCCCAUCAUGGCUGACCAGAGAAUCCCAAUACCUCUGUGUAAUGCCAACUUCUCCCUGGCCUUGCCUGGGGAUGGCUCCGUCAAAGGUUUCCUGACGGAGCUGGGAGACAAUGUGGGACAGGCGGCCAUCCAGCUGGUCCUGCAAAAGUUCAAUCUUGAGAAUGUUAUCACUGGGGAGACCUGUGAGUUACCACCGGCACUUGCUACAAGUAAUCAUUGCCCCAUGAUCUCCCUCCCCUUCCUGGAGAAUGUUGUCCAAUGCACCAUUGACGAUCGCUGCCUUGGCAUCCAAUGCUGCAUCCACCUUGACUUUGUCAUCACUGAACUCAUGCUGAGCGCAAGGAUCCAAGUCGACCCUUGCAACUUCCAGCUGUACGUGGCCUUUGAGAACUGGGAACUGAACAUCACCCUCUUCAGCUAUGAGUGGGGGAAGGUGGAGACAACGGAACUCGGAGAUGCCAUUGCAUUAAGCUAUUCCAUUGACAAGCUAACAGAGAGGAAAGUCUUCUCUGUGACGCUGAACCUGAUGUUGUGCAUUGACGACACCUGCACCAUGACCCCAGUACUAGACCAUGUCUGGGUCCCUAUACCCCUGUGCAACAUUAAUGCCACGUCAUUCACCUUGCCUGGUGAUGGCACAGUGGAGGGAUUCAUAAGAGAUCUCGGCGGUCGCAUCGGAAACUCGGCCAUUGAUCUGGUGCUGGAGAAAUUUGGUCUGAGUGAAUAUCUCAGCACCAGUCAGUGUGACCGGGGAACACCAGGGGAAUUCCGAAGUACCUGUCCAGCCGUUGACGUCACCCAGCUCCCCGACUUCCUCUCUUGCACUGUCUCGGACUCCUGCCUGGGUAUCAGAUGCUGUCUGGAGAUGGACUUGAAGAUAACGACUCGCAGCGUCAGUGCCUGGGUCAUCCUGGAUCCCUGCAACUUCACCCUGUCUGUGGGCUUUGAGAAGUGGGAACGUAGUGUGACCUUGUUCCAUUACCCGCUGGGCGAUGUCAUGGAGGAAGUUGUGAAUAGCAUCCUGAGAGUCAGAUGGCGUGUGGCUAAAAUCACAGAAGACAAGGAGUUUGAGGUAGACUUGUCCCUAGUCCUCUGCAUAGAUGGAGAAUGUGACACAGUGAUCAUAUUGGAGGGCAGUCGUUUCCCAAUACCGUUGUGCAACAGGGAGGCUUCAUUCUCACUGCCAGGUGACGGCACUGUAUCAGGCUUUUUGGAUUACCUCGGUGGUAAUAUCGGUCAGUUUGCCAUAGAUGCAGCCCUGCGUCAUCUACAUCUGGGCAGCUUCCUGUCAGGACAGGCAUGCACCUAUCACAGACAAGACGUCUGCGCGAGUUCCACAACUAUCCUAGGCAACUGCACCGUGAUCGGAGAGACCUGCACAGAGCUGCGAUGCUGCCUGGACCUGGACCUGAAGAUAGCUGAUGUCUCGGCCACGGCUUGGUUCAAGUUUGACCCCUGCGACUUCACCUUCUCGUUGGGCCUGGAGAAGUGGUCCUUCCAUGGGUCCGUCUUCAGCUAUCAGUGGGGAGAGGAAAUGACAGAGCCCAUAGCUUCUGGAAUAACAUUGAGGUAUUCUAUCGACAAGCGUGAUGACACCAAAGAGUUUGCCAUCAGCAUGACUCUACAAUAUUGCAUCGAUGGGCUGUGCUCUGACAUCAAUAUACAGCAUAACAUCCCCAUUCCUAUCUGCAAUCCAGGCUUCAGCAACUACACCCUCUCUGCUGAUGGUUUCAUAGAGACGAUAUCAGGACAGGUCAUUCAGGGAGCAUCACUGGCCCUGCUGUCACAGCUCGGAAUUGACCCAGACUUCUUCAGUAAUGUACCGUGUGUCAACCCAAGUGGACCCCAGUCCUAUGGCAAUUGUCCUCACAUGCAGCUUCCCAGUAACCUGACCUCCCUGGCUCGCUGUGGCAUCCUGGACACUUGCUUUGGCAUACAGUGCUGUCUGGAAGUGAACCUCGGACCGCUGCAUCACUCAUUCAGUGCCUCUAUGGUGAUAGAUCCGUGCCUGGGCCAACUGACGCUACAGUUUGGCAACUGGCAGUACAGUAAAUCUCUCUCACACCUGGACUUUGAUACCAGGCAGGAAGUCACCAUUGGAAACUUUAUAACACUUGGAUACACACUGGCUCUAAUGGAUGGUCAGAUAUCAGUCAGUCUGUCCAUAGAUGCCUGCAUCGAUAGUCAUUGCACCGGACAACUAAUGAUCUUAGAUGGUGCGGUAUCCCCUCUUCCUAUGUGCUUUCCCAACGGAACCAUCUCCUGGAGUAACUUACAAGGUAUAACCUCCAUUUCUCAGUUGGGAAGCCUGGAUGCUGGAUUUGAGGCUGUGGCUCAGGCUCUUGGCUUGCCAUCACGUCUAGUCUCAGCCUCACCUUGCCCACCUGUGAUCCAGCCUGGUCAGUCUGGAGUUUGUCCACACCUCCCCUCUCUGCCCACCCUUCCGUCGGGGGGUGUAUGUCACUAUUCAGAUGCCUGCCUGGGGGUGGAGUGUUGUCUAGCAGUAGACCUCGGCAUCAUCAGUCGCACCCUGAGGGCCUGGCUGAUUGUAGACCCCUGUGAUUUCAAACUGAGCGUUGGAUUUGAGAACUGGAGUUACAAUGUCACUCUUUUGAGUUACAAGUGGGGCAAAGUGACAAGGGAAAGACUGAGUGAUGCCGUCUUGCUCACCUUCACCGUCGACAAGACCACAGACAACCGUAACUUCCUCCUCUCCCUCUCCCUGCAACUCUGCAUCGCUGGAGUCUGUGCUCCUGACAUUGCCAUCCUACAGGACUUCACAGCACCGAUACCAUUCUGUAAUCCCAACGGUACUUUGGAGUGGGCUCAAGACUUGGUUGGUGGCAUUGGUGACUAUGCUAGUGGCCUUGUGGUGAACCGUCUCGGUGUCAGCACUGAUGUUCUCUUGCCUCAACCGUGCAGCGGUCCACCAGAGCAGAUCACACCAUCAAGCACAGGCUGCAGUUCCCUCUCCUUGCCAUCCUCCAUCGCCCAGUACUGCUCCCUGGACCAGUCAUGUCUCGGGGUGGGUUGCUGCUUGAACCUUGACCUGGGCGUAGUUCAGAGGUCAUUCUCAACCUGGGUUAAGCUGGACCCCUGCGCUCGCACCUUCUCAUUUGGCUUUGAGAAAUGGAGUCACACGGAGAUGCUCGGCAUUCAACUACUGCAGUCUCAUUCCUUUGAGAAAAACCUGGGAGUUUUGAAAAUCAGGUAUGACGUGGAGCGUCCCCACAAUACUAUCUAUGACGUGGAUCUAGACAUCAGCUUGUGCUGGCAGGGUGUGUGUGAUGAACCCAUCGUCAUUCUCAGAGAUGCAAUGUUCUCAGGAUCACAUUGUGCUGAUCAGCAAGGUGGAGGCAGCAGCACAAGGAGAAAGAGAAGAAGUGUGGACGACCUUACCAGUGAAUCUGCUGAGGGAAUGGAAAGCGUAGAUGAUGUGACAGCUAACCCUAUAGACAAGGCCAGGGCCUACUUUAAGACCAUUCUUAGUGAAGGCUCCACCUCGUAUUCAGCAGAGGAUAACGCCAUGACAAAGCUGCAGCCGGAGAAAGUGGUCAAGCCCAGGGUUCCGGAAUCAGGCACGGCAAGCCGUCGCUCCAUGGGUCUACUCGUCUUUGGCAAUGAAGAUGAAGAUGAAACUCCAGUAACAAGCAGAAAGAGAAGGGAUGUAUCGAUCUCAGUGACUUCAGGAGGAGCUAGUUUGUUUGGCCUUAGCCUAGGAGCAGGUGCUGACAAUGGUACAUGGCAAGGAAAUACCAUCAUCGGUGGAGGAUUAACACUGAAGGGUCUUGAUGCUCUCGGACAGCGCAUAGCCAACAUGACCAUUGGGGAGUUGGAAGCAAUGCUGGAUCUUCAGAACAUCGACCCCCUCACCGUGCUUCAAUUGAUGAAGGACCUACGCUCUCUUUACAGAACCUUUGUGGAAGAGUUGAUUGACGUAUUCACUGAAGGCAUUGCAGAGGACGCCUUUCAGCAGUUUGACAUUGUACUGGCCGGCACCAUUUCCUUCCCGCGGGUAGAUGCUGUGUAUUUCCGAUACGAAUACAUAACCUUCCUUGGUGGCCUGAUAACGCUACAGUUCACUGUGGAGGCUGGAGGUUUCUUUGAAAUGGAGAUACCGGUGUCUGUCUCCAUUGUUUCAAUGCAUGCUACGGGUGGGGUGACACCGUCUGUCGGUUCAUAUGCAUCGGCCAUUGUUUCUCUCUGCUACGGAGCUCUGUGUGGAGAGUUGGAACUCAGGGCAGAGAUGUUGAGAACUUCCUUCCCCACGACCGCUGAGAUAUUCUUCUCCAAGUUUCCGUUGGAUGUUGGAUUAAAACUGGACAUAGAAAUGAUCCCACUUGUCAUCGUCCUCAAAGGCAGAGUGGUCAUCAAAAUCCCGAUUGUUGGAAGGGAAACGCUCUUCGGGAAGGACUUGUGGCGUUUCCAGACUCCAUCGAUUGGCAGCAACAUAUUCACCAUUCAGACCAAGGAUCCUGACCCAUCACCACCAGAGAUCUCAGAAUAUUCCUCUCAGGAUGUUGAAGCCAGAAGUGCAGGAGGGAACAACUGCGGCAUUGAGCAGGUUCCUGGGCUAGACUACACAGAGCCAGCCUUCCAGCUAGAGAUGGUCGCAGCUGAUGACAAGAGCAUAGUCACGUUCUUCUACCAGGUCGGCACAGCACCAGGAGGCAGCGAUGUGCUCACUAGGACAGAGUUUGGUGGACCCUCAGCCAUCAUCUCACAAAUUCUGCUAGGUGGCCAUCCUCUCCACUUCACCGUUUACGCCAUGAACAACGGGGGAGGCACCGCCACGGCUACCUGCAGCCUGCCAACCUUUGACAUCACCCUGCCGACGGGUCGCAUCACGCCAGACUUCACCUCCACCAGUCACCCGUACAUCCUCCGUGCCGCGGCCGUGGUGUACGACGAUUCCGUCAUCUUGAUGCAGAAGGAAGGCGUCGGGUUCGGCCCCGAAAUCUGGGGCGAUCAGAUUGUGCCGUGGAACACUGUCGAUAUUACAGAGAGGGAUACCAUUGGAGCAUCUGUCAACGACUUUGACUACUUCACCGCCGCCAAGAAAGGCCGCCUCAUCUCCAAGCCAACGUCGACUAUCAUCCAUCGCAACCCCAACUUCUGUGCGCGGGACUGCCUGGCACUCCCAGAAAGCAAAUGUCUGAGUAUCAACUACGACUAUCGGGACUUCACCUGUGAACUGCUGGAGGAAAUUGAGGGUGAUGGGGUCGAAGUUCAUGAGUCUGGACUCUUCACCCACUAUGAGCGCCUCGGUGUGGGCCACGCUGUAGAAUUCAACCACGAGUCCCUCCGACUCGACCACAACAACCUCUACUUCUUCAACAUAGAGCUGCUGAACUAUGUGGCAUACGAGAACAUCAUUUCGUCCGUCGGCAUCAUAGCGGACUUCACGACACCAGAGCCAGGGCUGAUCAUGAAUGGGACCAGGGAUGAGGUGGUGCGUGAAGCGUGUGUGGAGUUCACACCAGAGGAAUGGGAGAGACGAUGCAUUGAAGACACACCGCUGGAUAACCAUCGGUACAUCACCGAUGGUCCUGGUUCUAUGACAGUAUUCAACGGCCAUGAGGAACUAGUGGAUAUGCUGUAUACCAGAAGCAAUACCUUCAUGGCAGCCAACUGGGAAGGUUUCCAUGACAACGAGACAGGUAUCCAUGGCUACACCUGGUCCAUUGGUUAUGUUGUCUGUGAUGAUGAUGUCAGCAUGCAUAUUGAUCCCCAUGCUCAUCUGUUUGAUGAGUCUGAGUGGACUCACCAGGGUCUGGUUGUCAAUGUAAAUCUGCCAGAUGGUGAAUAUUACAUAACUGCGCGUGCUCUCAACAAGGUAGAGUUUGGCGGUCCUAUGGCACUCACUGUAUGUCACAGCACCCCUCUCGUUAUCGACAAUACUCCGCCCUUCAUUUACAGCAUCCAUGACAUCACCUAUGACUCCUCCAUCGGUAGAAUUGGACUGCAGGUCAACGCAACCGAUCCGGACUCCCAUCUGUUUGAGUAUCACCUAGCAGCAGGCAGGACGCCCAGGGAUAAGUCACUGCGUGAUUGGGAGGCUCACGUCUUGGCUGAACAGCUCUUCAUGGACUUCAAGAUACCCAACGGCAUACCCUGCUGGGUUAAAGUCAGAGCAGUCAACAACGUCGACCUAAGAACUAUCGAUAAUGCCGAUGAGCCCAUUCUAGUUGAUGACAGUCCACCCAUCGCUGGCGACCUGUUUGAUGGACCCUAUGCUGGGCGAGAUCUUGUCUUUACCAAGGACAGGAAUGAGAUCUGUGCCAACUGGCACAAUUGGUAUGACCCUGAGUCUGGGAUCUUCUCCUACCUGUGGGCGGUGGGGACCCAGCCUGGCCUGAGUAACGUGGCAGACUUUAUUCAAGUGUCUCGUCGAGAGCACAGUGCCUGCUCUGGCUAUGUGACCCUACAGCACGGGGAGACGUACUACUCAACGCUGGUAGCCUUCCAUGGUGGAUAUGAUAAACUCAACGUGUCGGCUUCUUCGGAUGGAGUGACUGUGGAUCUGACUCCACCACUACAAGGCAGUGUCUAUGACGGCCUGCUGCCAGGACCUACAGAUCUAGACUUCUCCUCAAGAGCAGCCACUGUGGAAGCUCAGUGGCAAGGAUUCUCUGAUCCCGAGUCUGGUAUUGAAGACUACGAAGUUACAGUCUAUCGCAAACAUGACAGCUCCAAUGGCACCAAUGACUUUGAGGUCAUCCACGAGGCAGAGGCAGUAGGCAGUGAGACAGCCUCCAUUGAGUGGCAUCACUUCCAUCUCCGUCACAAGGACCAGGUCUAUGUCAACCUGCGCACCGUCAACCAGGCACUGAAUCACAUCGAUAGUCCGACGAAUGGAUUCUUGGUAGACCUGACUCCUCCGAUGCUGAGAACUCUUGGCGAUGGGCUGGUGGUGGGUCAAGAUGCUGACUUCCAGUCACAUUCCGAUAAUCUCUCUGUUCAUUGGGACUACUUUGAUGAUGAGUCUGGCAUUGAGUCCUUUGAGUUUGCCAUCUACGAGAUGCGACAAGGGAACAAAAUCAAGAUCUUCCCGGCAGACGCAAACCCCAACAGCUUUGAGUUAAUAUCGGACGCCAAUGCCAAGUCCCACGUGCAGACCGAUCUGGCAUUGCGCGGCGGGUCUAUCUACAUCACACGUCUCAAGGCAAGGAACCAGGCUAAACUUGUAGCCUCUCACGAGACCAGUGGUAUCAGGGUAGAUCCUACUCCUCCGGUGAUGAGAUAUGUCCGCGGAGGCAAUCUGGACGGGGAAGUUGAAGAAGUCGUCAAUGGAUAUUUGUAUCAGAACAGUCGCAGCACCAUCCAGGCCUCCUGGCUGGCUGUAGAUGGACAGAGUGGCAUCAAGAGCUACUGGGUGGCAGUGGGAACCGCUCCAUAUUCUGAAGACAUCCGUCCUUUCUCCGCCCUGGGCUCCAAGAGCGAGGGCAUCCUAACUGACCUGAAUCUCCAACUGACCGAAUCAUCAACCUGCAGCGAUGAGGCGUUCACCGUUGAUUGUCGACCGGUUUACUACGUGUGUGUCAAGAGUCAGAACGGUGCAGGGGCAUUCAGUGAUGUCAUCUGCUCCUCACCAAUCAGAGUGGUGGAGGAAGAUCAGACAGGUUACGUGACUGAUGGUCCAACCACGCUACAAGAUAUUGAUGCACAGCAAGAAAGAACUACUGUCACUAUCUGGUUUGAUGACUUUGAGAGUGAGUUGCAUGGCAUAUCUCACUAUGAAUGGGCAGUGGGUACAACCCCCGGGGGUGAGGAUAUACAACCUUUGACCUCAGAUGGCAUAGUGCCUGGCGGUGAUGAAGGGGAACCAGGAUUGGCCGCCAUGGGCAAGGCCCAGUCCCCUCUGCCCCUCCAGCAUGGAGUGACUUACUACAGCACACUACGAGCCAUCACCAAUGCAGACAAUGUCUUAGAAUCCACAUCCAACGGCUUCACAGUGGACAUCACUCCACCAGAGAUUAUGAUCACUGACCUGGGCCAGUACGAUGCAAGCGUGGACCUGAGCCUAGAAGGUGGUAGAGGCCUGUAUCAACCCAACACAGACUCCAUCGAUGGCACAUGGGAUGCUACAGAUGGAGAGAGUGAUAUUACUGCUACCUAUUUCUCCAUGGGCCAGUACCCAGGAGGAAGCGAUGUGUAUCCAGUCACACCAACCAACAAAUCCUACAUUCCAUUAGCGCUGAUAACUCCUACAGAUAUAGGGAUGCCCAAUAUUCUCACAGUACGUGCAAUCAACAGCGUUGGGCUGAAGCGGACUGUUUAUACCACAAGUAUGACUGCUGACAACACGCCGCCUAGUGUUGGUCAGGUCCAGUGCCCUGCCUUCAUCCAAGCCAACAGUGCCGUGUUGUGUAGCUGGUCUGAUUUCCUGGAUGCUGAGUCAGGCAUUGGCCACUACCGCAUGUCUGUUGGCACAGCACAGGGUCUUAAUGAUGUCUUCCUAUCCGGUGACCUGCCUGGGUAUCUUUCUCACUACAGCAUCAAAGAUCUGAAUCUGAUUCACAACAAAGUCUACUAUGUCACUGUGAAUGCCUUCAAUGCUGUCAACCAAAGCACAAUGGCAUUCUCUGGUCCUAUUGAGAUCGAUGAUACACCUCCAUCAUACGGCCUUGUAGUGGAGCUGUCUGGCGUGUACAGCUACAAUUUCAGUGAUCCUAUCGAUGUGCCAGAAUGGGACUGCACAAACGAUGAGGAAUGCUUGAGCUUGGACGGAGAGUGUCUGGAAUCGAUUACCCAGCUGCAGAUCCUGUGGCAGCCGUUCACCGACGAAGACACCAAGAUCACCAAGUAUGAGGUUGCCCUGGGCACCACACCAGGAGGGUCUCAGAUCAAACCUUUCUACGAGGUGUCUAAGGACCAGACUUCGGAGCUCAUUACCAACAUUGAUCUGAGUAGCAUCCGUAGGGUCUACGCUACAGUAAGAGGCUACAACGAAGCCGGCCUGACCAGCACCGCUGUGUCCAAUGGCAUCUACGUCAGCCGGUUCAGUGCUGGACUUCAACCUCUCAGACCAUUCCAAGUCAAAGAUGGAAUCACCGAUGUAGACUUGGAAGACUCGGACUUCCAGACCUCGCUGCAUGAGAUGAGUGCAUCCUGGGAUUUCAGCGGGGAUCCGUGUCCAAUGAAAAAGUACGAGUGGGCUAUCUAUAGAAUCGAUGAGCAAGAAAUUCAGCCACUGACUGAUGUUGGAGAGCAGACAUCAGACUCCAACACGGACGUCAAAAUGACAGACGGUGAGACCUACUACACCCUGGUGCGUGCUACCAACGCCCUGGGCCUGGCCGUCACGGUCCGAUCUGAUGGAAUCACCGUCAAGCGUGAUCCCUUGAUACCUGGCCAGGUCUAUGAUGGCCUCCUAGUGGGCUUCGAUCUGACUUACCAGAAGGAGACUGAUAGCAUAUCCGCAAGCUGGAAGGGCUUUGGAGAAGGGACACAACCCAAGGAAUCCGUGGAGCAUACAGGCAAUGAUGAAGUUACCAAAGACCAAACCACCCAGCAAACUGUGGAUUACUAUGAGGCAGCCGUUGGUACCGACCGCCGCUACCCCAAGACCAGAGACAACGUGGUGCCCUUCACCAACGUCGGUCAGAACACAACGGUCACCUUCACCAAUCUUGACCUCACCGCCCUAGACUCUACGUACUACGUGACGGUCAGGGGACACAGCGCUAGUUUCUCCACGGCAGAGGUGACAUCAACUGGGAUCAACGUUGGUGUGGACAGCAAGGUCGUUGUAACUGAGGUUGACAUUCCAGACUUUGUGAAUUCCCUGUCUGCGGUGCAACUCAACUGGGGCAAAUUUGAGUCCACCUUCCCCAUCCUGCUCUAUUACGUCGGCCUGGGCAAACCCUCCCCUGCCUCCAUCCCGCCUGAAGACAUGGACUGCCUGGAUAUGCUGUUGGGGACGGCGCAGUCCCAGGCUACCUUCAGUGAGAAGCCCAUGUAUUUUGUGGGCAAGGACACCUUUGUGGAGGUCAAAGGCCUGAAUCUGACGCAGAAAGGGUCCUACUAUGUCACUGUUGUGGGGAUGAAUGAAGCAGGUCAGUGUAACUCCUCUACCAGUCACUUCUCUGUGGAUAUCACUCCACCCAUUGAGGGUCGACUGCGUGCUGGACCGUUCUAUGGCAUGCCUGUGACAUACACGGACAGCAUCGAGUCAAUCCCAUUGGUAUGGGAGAAUUACAGGGAUGAUGAAAGUGGAAUCAAAUCAUUCAACAUACGUCUCGUGCAAGCUGAGUCAUGUGAUGUCGAAGACGACAACAACCUGCCACCGGUACCUGGCCAAGACUGGCUGGUACUCGGCCCGGAUAUUAGAGAUUUCACAUUUGUGGACCUGAACUUAGAGAUGAACCACCCUUACUUUGUCCAGUUGUUAGCCGUCAACCAGGCAGGAGAUAGUAUCCAGACCCAAGUGGGACCCAUCUUUGUUGACUCGUCUGAGCCGACUGCAGGACUGGUGGUUGAUGGAAUGGACUUCAAGAUGGACAUCACUGACAGCGGAGACAGAACCCAAGUUGCUGGCACAAUCCUACACUUGCCCAACCCAGUGGGCCCACCCUGUCCACUGAGAGACAUUCCCUUCACUGACCCACAGUGGUCAGCGAUGGACUUCAAGGGACUCUGGAACAUGGACAGGGAGAACUGGGAACUGGAGUACCAGUCACAACAGGUGUUUGCAUCCAAUGAGAGUUUGACAGUGAAGAUGGAGCGGGACACACGAGGGCCUCGUAUGCUGUCUGGAGCAUACGUCACCAAUGCACAGAUUGUCAGGAGCUCAGAAUAUGAGUUUGACCUGAAAGCUGCCUCUCCUGACCUGCAGAGUGUGACCAGCAUUCUAUUCUGGGAUGGCCCGGAUGGGGUCAUCGGGGAAUAUGACUUUGGUGGACGGGAGAACUGGCAAGAAGGGAUAUGUCAGUGCUGCUAUGUCAAGCCUCUCAACCAGUCUGCCUGCCCACUGUGCAAUUGUCUUGACUUCCUUGGCAUCAAUGAGGACGAUAACACAACCUAUGCCGUUCCGACCUUCAAGGCCCAAGCCACAACCGAAGCUGCCCAGCCACUGAUCAUGACAGAGGCUCCAAGACCCUGGUCUAUCGAGAAAGCCGACCAAAACGGAGACAGUGUCUUGGAUGAGGACAAGGGGAGAGGGAUUCUACAGAGAGCGUGCGGCUUCCAACUCUAUCCCAAUGGCGACGCAUCACAAGCAGUCUUGUGGUGCCGUUACUUCAAGGAUGAGUGGCCGAUGUCAUCCAGUGUUGUAGAUCUAGACUUCGACCCGUCAGUGGAGGAGCGUCAUUACUCCAUUAGUUUUAAGGUCAUGCCAUUUGAUGCUGAUGAGGAUGAGUGGUCCUUUGAAGUGUACAUCGAUGGUAAGCUGCUGUCCUCAGUGACUGGCAUACCAGUCCUGUCCUCAUCCACUAAGCUCAUCCUUCAUGUCUUCAAUCGAGACAGCUACGUCCCUGAGCUACUGGACCCCUUCAAUCCUCCGUCUGUCUCGGCAACACUCCGAAAUUUGAGGAUGCCGCCUGAUCAGAGCAAGCUGUGUCGUUACGGGGCACCAUUCAGGGCUGGAACCAGUCCUGUCUCACGCUACUUUGCUGGUGUUGGCUCUGCAGCAGGGGCCACAGAUAUCGUAGCAUUUGAAGAGGUUGCGAGGCCAUGUGUUCCCUGCAUCAAUCCCUGUGAUCGCUAUCAGUGUGAUCCCUCAUGUUCCGUGGACGCUGCACCCAUCACGUUCACACUCACCAACCUCAAUCUGCCCAGGCUGGAACUCCUGAAUUGGACCAGCUCUGAUAACAACACCAAUGCAACUACACCUGCUCCUAGGGAAGAGGGACAAGAGUUUCCAUUCUUCAUGACAGUCCAAUCCUACUUGGGAAAUGGCAGAUCAGUGAUAACCUCCUCCAAUGGUUUCUACAUCGAUGACAGCCCAGCACAGCUGAACCUAUUUUUCUACACCGACUCCAACUUCAAUGAGUUUGAGCCCACAUCUUUCCAGUCCUCGGCCUCCACCAUUAAAGUCUUGUGGAGCUUCCUGGACAUGGAGAGUGGCGUAAAGGAGCAUUACUGGGCCAUAGGAACCUCCAGAGGGGCCACAGACCUGCAAGACUUUGUCAACGUUGGAUUGAACCAGACAGCUACUAGCAUUGAUCUGACGGGGUUACUGCAUCACAACACUACAUACUAUGUGACUCUGAAGGCUAUCAAUGGAGCAGGCUUGGAAACCAUAGUACAAUGUGAUGGUGUAACUGUUCUCCUGGAGCAGCCUGCUGGAGAUGACGUCAACACCACCUCCAUGUUCAGCGAGAAGUUUGAGGAGGAGGUUUACCCACCUGAUGUGGAGAAGAGCGCCGACCCAACCAAGACUGGGACCUCCUGGUCUGAAUCCAAGGAUAAAUCUGUGGCUCGUUAUGAGUACUGCGUGAGUAGCUCAGCUGACCUCCUAGAUGACAUCAUUCCCUGCAUGGUGGUUGGAGGCAACUCCUCUGGCUCUGUGGCCAUUGAGAACGGAGUGAUUAUCAUCCGAGCCGGGGACAUAGAGGAGAGAUACAACCUGGAUGAUUUCCAGAUACCCAAGGACACCACCAAGAUUAGUGACAUCCCACCAAAGUUCAACAUGGAACCUGGCAAGAGUCUCCACUCUUGGAUGAGGGUGUGCAAUGCAGCUAAACUCUGUGUGACGACACCAGCAGGAACAAGCACUAUACUAGAGGACAGUGAUAUGAUGAUGACAUCACCCAAUGGUACAGACCUCAUCCUGAAGUCACCAACAAGUCAGAGGAGGAGAAAGAGGGAUAUAAGCAACCACUUUGACUUCACUGUGGCUACGAAGGGAGGUCUGCCCCAGGGCGGCUCACUCAUCCUAGGUCUGCUGGAUGUCAACAGAACCAACCAGGAAUUCACAUCGGAUGCUUCCCUGGAUUAUAAGCCCUACAUCACCAACCCCUUGUACACCAUCCAGUUCACUUCAAGAAUUCUCAGAAACAGGGUUCGUUUCGUCUAUGAACCAACAUUCUACAUCACCAGUCUUGGGCAGACAGAGCUGCAUGGACCCAUGGCGAUCAGUCUCACUCUCAGCUCGUUAGGCAACUGGACAGACACAAAGGCUAAACUUCUCUACUGGGAUGUUGAUCGUUCUGAAUGGCGAGAUGCAGCCAAGACAUGCAGUGAUGUGGAUCAGAUAACUUACCUUGAUGAUGGAGCACAGGUCAACAUUGAGGUUUGCUCUACAAGAUCCACGUCAGCCUCAGCAUCCUCAGAGGCGACACGCAAGCGACGCCAGGGGUCAGACCCAUCCUUCUUCAGCCGUGAGACCCAGUUUGCCUUGGCUCAGGUUAACAGUGGCAUCCCCAAUAACCCGCCGGAAAUCACCGAUCUGCCUGAGAACUUCUUCAUGAAUGAGGACGAAGGUACUUUGGUGUACACUCUCUUGGCCAGCGAUCCCGAGGAUGACGACCUAGUUUUUGAGCUUGUUCCGAAUGUGGACCUGAAAGGAGAAGCUAAUAUCACUCAGGAUGGAGUACUGAGCUUCACGCCGUGUCUGGAUUGUCAGGGCACCACCACCCUGCAAAUCACUGUGAGAGAAGUGCAGACCAUACUAGAGAUAACGCCCCUGUCUACCACAGUCACCAUUUCCAUUGACGUCCGGCCGGUCAACGAUAACCCGACCUUGUACAGUGCUCAGAAUGGGCGCAUUGUUGGAAAUGGGCGGAGUGCGCUGCUCACAGUUGAGCAGAACACCGGGUUCAACGUCGCCUACAAGGAUCUGACUCUUGUGCUUGGAGCCUAUGACCCUGACAUCAACGAUAACCUGACCAUUACAACCCAGCCUCCAUCGUAUGGAACCCUGACAGUGACAAGCCAGUCACGGACAGUGCCGUCUAUGCAGGACUGUAGUAAGCCCUAUGGUGACAGCGAAGAGCCAACCAUCCCUUGUGGACUUGAGAUACCUCAUGAAAGGGAGGAAAUGAGUUGGACAACAUCCACGUACACCUAUGCUCCCAACCCCAACUUCCACGGCAGGGAUAGUUUCCUUGUCUUAGUAGAGGACCGGUCCACAGCAGCGUCUCAGCUACUGGAGGUACAGAUUGCUGUGCUGACCAACCCAUGCAUCCAUGAUGGCACCUGCAGAGGUCCUGCCAUAGACCCUAACUGUACCUCCCCAGCAAGAAGUAGCAGUUUUAAGUCCUACUUCUGUGCCUGUCAGCCCGGCUGGGUGGGCGACAUCUGCCAGACUGAUUACGAUGAGUGUCAGUCCACACCUUGUGAAUACCCAUACGUCUGCUACGAUCACCUCGAUGGAUUUUCGUGUGCGUGUCCGUUGACUGAUCCGGUGUGCGACGACCUUCAUUGGAGAGUUAAGGUAGUCCUUGGCAUUGUCUGCAGUCUUCUCAUCCUGUUCAUCAUUGCUGCUGUGGUCUUCUUUGUGUACAAGAAGCGAUACAUCAAAACAUGGACUAUAUCAUCUGAAGCCGAUGAUGAUGACAACAGCUCCAAUGUAGCCAAAGAUGACGCCAUAUUUGUUGUUGGGCCUGGUGAGUUCAAAGGGGCCGGGAGUGAUGACGAGAACCAGCCUAGUACCAGCAAUGCAGCAAGCUCAUCACCCCAAGAGAGGCCCAAGUCAGCAGUCUCGGUGCAUUCCAGUGGCUCUGGAUGCUCUGCCAGCUCUGGUAGCUCUUCCUCCAAGACGUCUGGCAAGAAGGCAAAAAGGCCUUGGUCUGGCCUCAAGCAUUCCAACGCUGUUGCAGAUGCUUCCCUCGUAGCUGGAGCAGCUUCCACUGGGGACAACGAACGUCCUGCUGGGAAGUCCACACUCACGGUCCCUGGUCCCUCUGAGAGUCCAGCCAUAGCUGCUAAGUGGGCAGAGCCAACCUUGCCCCGCACUCCAAGCUUGAGAAGUCUCCAGAAAGAUGCCGAUUCUGCCAGCCAGGGUGAAGCAUCCCCGGAAGCUCCCAAACAAGAGGAGUCUAAGCAGAGCUCUGAAGACCUCAAUAAGGCUGCUUCUCAGGAAGAAGCUUCCUCAGCUGACCCUCAGGAAAGCCCCGCCAAAUGGGCCGAGCCCUGUCAGAAGGAUGGCGAGGUUGGUGAAGGGGAGGAGAUGCCGAUGUUCCAGAAGAAGACUCCACCCUCUAGCGACCACGACGAUGACGCUGGCCAAGAUAAUGAGUCUUCUGAAGGACCCCGUGAGAGCUUCAAAGAUUUCCGAGCGACCGACCUUCUCCAGGACAUCGACGAGUCGGUGGUGUAAAUUGGAAUCCUACCACAAAAACUAUGAUCACCGUAAAUUCAAACUAUUGAUAAGAUUAAUGAUCAACACAAAAUUUAGUUUCCCAGCAGUGUUUGCUUUGACAACGAAAAAGAUUUGAAAAUUGGGCAUCAUGAGUGUUACUGUAUAACAUGAUACCAUAAUAAUACCCCACAAAGAUAUCAAACUUAUAGAAUAUAAACAUAUUUUUUGGGGGGUCAUGAAGUAAUGUGCUUGAUGAUUCAAAGCACAAAACCGACGUGACUAUAAAUUGUCCAUCCAAUCAGAAAUUGUGUAAGGUCAGUUUUCCAAGCUUGAAAGCCCUCCAGAUUCAGAGGUUUGCCCAGACAAAGAAUCAAGGAAUGGAAUACUUUUCAUGAUUAUAUCGUAGUCUCCUAUUAUACCCAGAUUAGCUGUUUAUUGAAAACAGAUUUUUAGAAGGUAGUUGGCUUGAAAUUGUUUGUAUCUUUAUGAAUAUAUAACCAUUAUACUCAGAGGUUGUCAAAACGGUAUAUUUUUUUUAAGCUGGCCAGGUAAAAUAGAGAGUAAACAACUUGAUUUGAUGACCAAUUUAAAUACACGAAAUACCACUCUAUACACAAGUAAUCUAAAUCAACCCAAAAUCUCAAAUUAAAGCAAAGGUUACAGACAGAGGAUGAAUAUGAGCACACAAGAUGACCCAUAAUCCUGUAUUAGUUACAAGACUAGAAACAAAUUGUCAAAUAUUACAACUUGUGAACAUGGAAAAAAAACUUUUAAAAAGUCAGUCAGUUACAUGGAAACAGUAAAUAUAAACAAAAUCAUGUUAAGUUUGAUUUCUAAAACAAUAAAGCAUGUCAAUUAUAGUCAUAAAUCCUCAUAGUUAAGCCUAGUUUCCAUAUCGACGUAAAGAAACGUAAAGUGAAGUGAAAACAGGAGCAACAAGACCCAAACUGCAACGCAGACAUGUGGAAACAUUUCAUCCGGAAGUGUCGCCGACAACUCAGACAGAGGCAAACUAACUCGCAGACAAUUGGCAAAGUUGAACCCAGUUCAACUCUGCCAACGGUUCUGCGCACUGUCUACGCGCAGUCUGUGUAGUCUGCGUAAGCUUUACAUCGAUAUGGAAACCAGGCUUUACACCAAAUUAUAGGUUUUGCCCUUCACCGACGUUUAAACACUGUAUACUCAGUGCGUUAC